AUGCACCGUUUUAACUAGUUAAACGAUACUUAGCAAACAGGCUAAUAGUUUUGGGAUAGAUCUUAAAAAUAAACGAAUCUAAGUCAUUAUUUAGAAGAACAAAAUCCUUAAUUACAAAAUGAUUAAUGUAAAAUGAGGAAGGCAAUAAGAGCAUAUUUUGACUCUAGACCAUUUUCAACAAUAUAAGACGAUAAAUCUAAAAAGAACAACUCUUCAUGCUCAAAUAGUUACUCUAAUGAUAAUAGUGAUAUUAUUACAAUGCAUUCACAAAAUUAUCAUCAAUUAGCUAAUGAAAGUGACCUAGAAUAUGAUGAAUAGUUAAGUUAAUUAUUAAAAGUUCCUAUAAUAUAAGAUGCUAACCUUCAAAAUUCCAAACAAUACAUACCAAAGUAGUCUUUCGAUAUUCUUUAAAAAGCAUACAUUGAAUUAUAGCAAAAGUAUUUCAACGUUAGGGAGGAAAUAAAAGAAAACUAGAAUUAAUUAUGUUCUUUGUUAAGUGAAUUAAAAUCAUAGUAACAAAAUAAUGCAUAGUUAUCGAACUGUAGCUAAUUAAGUGAGUAGAGUAUAAGCUCAAAGCUUGAAGAGAAAUUUACAAGUUAAAUUAAUAAGGCUUUCAGGAUUAUGUAUGAAAAUUUAAAGGAGGAAUCAGAAAAAAUAAUUUAGUAAAAAGAUAAGCAAAUACAAGACUUGAAAGAGCAAACUGAAUAGUUGUCGAAAGUAAAUGAAUUAUUAAUUUAGCAGAAUGAGUAAAAAGAAAAUGCAUUAAUGGAUAUUAUACAGUAUUAUGGUAUACUGAAGCAGUAAAUAGAGAGUAUAAAGCAAGAAAGAGAAUUAAACUAAGAAUCACCUUCCUUAGUUGUUACUCAAAGAAACUAGAACAUAAAAUAAGCUUUCGAUUAAAUGAAUAAUACAAAUUCUAGUUUUUAAGUACUCUAAGAGUAAACCGAAAACGCUUAUUCAAUUCCAUCAUUCUCUUCUUCAAAUAGUAAAAAUAUCACAGAUAGCAUUAAAAAAAGUGAUCUUCAAUUCUAUUCUAAAAAUGGUAACAAUUAAUCAUAUCAACUCAACCCAGGCUUUUCUUUUGCAAUUAAAAGCUAGGGAUGUUAGUAAGAGAGUGAAAAAAAAUCAAAAGAAGAGAAUUAAUCAAAUAAAGAAAACUCUUAAAAUAGCAUAACCAAGCAUGAGCAAAAAUAAAAUAAUGAUAAGAAAUAAAUUACUAAGCAGUACGAAACGUUCAAAACAGAAGAGUGCGAUAAAAAUGAAGAACUAAUUUAUUUAGAGAAUUAGUAAAAAAUUUAAGUACUUACUUAAAAAGAUCUUAAUUAGCAAUAGGAUAAGCAACUCAAUUAAUAAAGCGAUGCACAAUAUUACUUCGAUGAUUAAAGCGAAACAGUAUUUGAAGAUGUUUAAGGAUAAAGCCUUUAUGAUCAGUAGUUUAUUUCUAAUCAAUAAAAUUAAAAGAUGCAAUAAUUCGGAGAAGAGAACUAUAUUAGCAAUGAUAUUUCAGCUUAAUUUAAUAAUUAGAUGAGUAAUCCAUAAUAAAGAGACUGUAAGUAUCAAAUUUAAUCAAAUAGUACACCUAAUAAGCAGUUUAGACAGCUAAAUGAUUAUCUUCAUUCUCAUGAAAUAAAUUUUGAAUAGGAAUAAUAAGAAAUAUAAAUGAUAAAAUAAAAAGUGAAAAAAUGCAAUAGAUUGAACAUGUUAUCAAAACUUAAAAAAGAAGUAUUUUAGGAAGGACUUAAAACUGCUCUUAUACCAUCAUCUAUCUAAACAAAUAGAAAGAGUAGUACUACUCCUAGAAAAUUAAUUUCUUCUAUUAAUAGUAGGGGUGGAGAUUAAAUACUAUCAACUUCUAGAAAUAGAUCGUUUAAAGAAACCAAUUAAAAGCAUAUUGAUAUCAGUCAAAUAGAUGAUCCAAUUUAGAGGGGUUUCAUGAUUAUAGAAAAUUUAUAUCACUCAAUAGAAAGAAAAUUUUAAAAAUAAGAAUAAGUUUGA